AGGUGACAGUGGUGUAUCAGAACGGGUUGCCGGUGAUCUCAGUCAGUUUGCCAUCCAGGCGAGAGCGCUGUCAAUUCACCCUAAAGCCUCUCAGUGACUGUGUGGGAGUUUUCCUGCAACAGCUCCAGGCAGAGGACAGAGGCAUCGACCGGGUAGCCAUCUACUCCAUGGAUGGAGCAAGGGUUGCCUCCUCCACAGGUAUAGACAUCCUGCUGCUGGAUGAUUUUAAGCUCGUCAUUAAUGACACCACACACCUCGUGCGGCCACCAAGGAGAGAGAUGCUGCCCCAUGAGGAGGCAGAGAGGUUGAAUGAUGUCAAGUUCCUGGUGCAGCAGCUCUACACCACGCUGCGCAUCGAGGAGCACCAACUCAGCAAAGAACGUGAGCUGAUUGGACGACUGGAGGACCUCAACUCUCAACUCCGCCCCCUAGAGAAGGUGAGGGAGGAGUUGAGUCGGAAGGCAGAGCGACGCACCACCCUGGUGCUGUGGGCUGGCAUGGCCUACAUGGCCACCCAGUUUGGCAUCCUGGCCAGGCUGACCUGGUGGGAGUACUCCUGGGAUAUCAUGGAGCCUGUCACCUACUUUAUCACUUAUGGCACUGCAAUGGCCAUGUAUGCCUACUUUGUUCUUACACGUCAGGAGUAUGUUUAUCCCGACGCUAGAGACAGGCAGUAUCUGCUGUUCUUCCACAAGGGGGUGAAAAGGACACGCUUCGACAUUGAGAAGUACAACAAGCUGAAGGAUGAUAUUGCUGAGGUGGAGUUGGAUCUGAAGCGUCUACGGGACCCACUCCAGCUCCAGCUCCCAGUUCAGCAACUCACCGCCAGUAAAAAUUGAUGGGUAGAGUGACUCCCUCCUCCGUCAGCUCCUGCAACCCCCUUUCCCCUUUUCCCUCCUGCUGUCCGACACCCCUCUCUCUCUCCUUUUACCCCCCCGACUUUCCUCAGACUCCGCCCUCCUCCUCUCCCUCCCACUCCCAAUAAUCCCAUCCCUUUAUUGACUGUGGGAGUUAGUUUUUUCUCCUUUUUUUGUUUCUGUUUUUGUUUUUAUUUUCCUGACUGAAAUCUCCAGUUGGAAUUGCAAGUGAAAACCGGCUAAAAGAUGACAAAAAAGAAAAAAAAAAACAAGGAUGGUGAGAAACCUGGGAACUGAAAAACCUCUCACAGCCGAAGGAUGUUGAGGACGAUGAAAAAGGAAGAUGAUGAUGAGUUGAAAUGGGCACCGUGGACGUGCCUCAAAUCUUCAGAGGGACAGCCUGCAGGUAACUCCAGGGGUGAAAUGAUCCCACCUCUAGACACUCCAGGACAGGGAACACGCAGAGGGGCAGCCAUUGUUGAGUGUGCAUGUGUGCGGGACUUUUAGGCUACACUGGGACACCGACCCUGGCCACUCUGCAGGUCGACACAGCGCUGUAGCCCCGCUUCCUCUAGCAGCCGAACUGUCAACACACACACACCUUCUCUUGGUCGGUGCAGGCUCCGGGGGACAAGUUUACAAGGAAGUUCUGACUGCAGUCGCACCUUCAGGGAGACCUUCGUUUUCCUGUGGCUGAAUUCUGCUGCCUCUCCCUCUCUGAGCCACGCCUCCUCCAGGUGACAGACAGCUGUCCUUCCCAGUGUGACCUUUGUCAGGAGCCCAUCUCCACUCACAGGAUGCAGGAAUGACGACGCCUCAUUUCCUCGUCCUGUUGAUGUCCUGUAGCUGCCCGGCCUGCGCAAGUAUGAAAGUACUACCGACAACAACAUCACUGUGUGUUCUUUUAUUCCAAAAAAAAUAUUUUGGCACUUUUUAUUUUGAAAGCCAUAGUAUAUUUGUUAUGAAAAAAUAUAAAUAUAUAUGUAUACAAUCAAAUAAACCGAUGACCAGAGGCUAGUUUCUUUCAGUGGGGGGAGGAGCUCUCUUACAAACGUCAUUUCUCGAGAAACUCAUUUACAUCCUCUGCAGAUCUCCUGCCAUAAAAAACCGCCCGCUGCACACACUUUCUCGCAAAGAGCAGUACUCUGUAUGCAUUUAAUACCUUGAAGUCUUCGUGACAAAUGCACACAAUAUAUUUAACAGUAACUACGCUCCGAUUGGAUGUAAGGCUCCUGUGCAUGGCCACCAAAGCCGGGGGAUGGGGGGGAGACGGAAACAAUGUUGAAACUAAAUCAGGGUGAAAAUGGCUUUGAUUGGAACUGACUGCUUUUGAGCAUCACAGAAUAUCAACGCGAAUAACGCUGGCUUGACCUCUAUAAUCAUCUCACGAAUGCGAAGAUUGCUGCAGAAACAUAAUGACAGGGUUCAAAUAUUUAGUGACCAUUGCCUCAGACAAAGCCACAGGCAUGUUAUAUAUUUGAUCAGCUGAAUGACUUUUUAAAUAACGGACCAGAGCGUUAGCAAAUUGCCUGCAGCUCAGUAUCGCUUUUCUGAAUAUCAUGUUUUUUUUACCUUUCCAACUGAGGUUUCCAAGUGAAAACGGUAUUAAUAAGUCAAAGGCUACAUCUAACAAAAAAAAAAAAAGGUGUCAUGGCAUUGAGGUCGUAGAGGUUUUUUUUCAUCCUGAAAUUAAGCCAGAGUUUUCUCCUCCCACUGCUGCUGUAACGCCCCUUCCCCCCUGCUCCCUCGAUGGCAAGGCAGGGUAGACUGCAUGCUGUGGUAUGCCCUCAGUAGAAAUUUGUGAAUGUGUAGGAGCAUUAUUGCAAUUUUGUACUUAAAUUGGACACUUUUCUUUGCCACAUCUAGCUGAAGUCUCAUCCACAUCGAGCUCAAGUCUCACCUCCUCCUCCUCCUCUUUAAAUCAAAUGUUAUAGAAGCCAUAUAUUUGUGUUCUUUUUCAUCUUUUUUGUUGUUGUUGUUUUUUUUUAAAAAUUGUUUUUGGGAUGGUCACCAAAUAAACCUUUAUCAGCUUUACAUAGUUUUCUGUUCAGGGUGAGGAUUGGCGGCCCUCUCUCCGGUCCCAUUUAUCUCUCUGAAGAAGUUCUCGAAAUCCAGUUUUUUUCGCUCUGAACUGCUGUAGAUCACCUCUGCAGAGGGGAAGCACAAUGACAUUGACGUCCCCCGCGCACACAGUAGACUCCAGUUCAUCAUGUGCUCGUGUGCGAACAGCUGGCUGAAUCCUGCUGAGGAGAUCAUUGUGUUUAACUGCAGAUUUUAUAUUAAAAUGCAUGAUUUUCGAACAAAUCAAAAGUUAGCCAUGCAGAUCUCGAGUCAGGAUUUGGUUUAAAUCUGUUAGUGUGUGUGUGUGUUGUCCUGUGUGCACGUGUGUGUGUGCGCGUGUGUGUGUGUGUGUUAUCUCCAAGGAAAAUGGUGCCUUUUGGAUCAUUAUUGAUUAACUCUAUAGACAAUGUAGCAAAUUUGGUAACGAUGAGAGGUGAUUAGAAGAGACGGUUGGCCUUGUUUGGAACAAGGCCAUCAUAUGAAGGAUGGUUAAAUUUGAAUGUUUAGAAGUGGAAAUCAAUUUUACUGUGUGCCAUGAAUGUUUGUUGAAUCUGUGUGCUGGGGGGGCAAAGUGCAGAUCAUCGUAUUCAUGAAUCCUUUGCUAAUAAUUGUUGUUCGUCAUAGGUGCAACAAUCAGUUCUGCCCUCAUCCCGCCUCAUAGCCGUCAUUCAGCUUUAAAUUCAGUUUUUCUGAAUAGACCAGUUCACACACACACACACACGCACACACACGAAGAGAAAACGGUGUUUCCUUGGAGAUGUACUGUGGAAGGUGAUCGAGUUCAGGCCUCUGUUUGCAGUCCAGUCCUCCCCUCUGCUGUUUCUACACUUCUCUCCAUCAUCACCUCUUUCAUUCUGUCACACCAUCCACCGUUUAUUGCCUUUGGGUUUGUUUUUGUUUUUGUUUUCUUCUUGUUUAUUUUUUAAAAACAAAAAUAUAUCAAAUAUAGGGAAACUUUAUUCUAAAAAGAGGGUGUUGCAUGAAUGUAUGUUUACAUGGGAAAUUAUGUAAAAAUAAAAAAAAAUAAAAAUAAAAAGAUUUAUCAAAAAUAACUGCAAAGAUAAUUUAAGAACGUUGUUUGUAGAGAUUCCUAGUUAUAAAGGGCAGUGGACAGGGCUGCGUCUUUAGAAUCUGCCCUGCCAAAUCUGAUUUAAAUCCCAGCCAACCAAAUGCUCAAACCUCGCUCCCAUCUUCACCUUAUUUACUCCCAUAAUCCUCUCCCUUAGCGUCCAUUCAUACUCCCCAAUAAAUGGAAAAACACCCUCCAUCCACAGUGCACCUAUAAAAGAGGCUUUACAACCUCGUGUCCUGGAUUUGAGUCCAGGGGAAAAGUGUCAGGUGCACUCUUUUAGCAUAUCGGGGAACACCUCCAGUUCUUGUCCCCCCCCCCCUCUCUUGUCUUUUUCCAUCGACCCUCAGCCUUUUUUCUCCAAAGACGCAUUAUUAUUAUUAUUCUAUAUUUUGAAUGUGUGUUUAAGUUUUGAAUAUCUUCUUUGCGUGCACUUAAAAUACGACAUGUUUCAAAUGCCUAAAGAGUGAAGCAGAACAUAGGAUUGAACUGAUCUCGUACUUCAUUCUGACCUCUUGUUUUGUUUUUCUUGUCUUUUUUUUUUCUUCUUCUUUUCUUUUCUUCUGUUGACAUAUGAUGCUGUAAUGUUGGCAAAAAAAAAAGAAAAAUGUAAAAUCCUGUAUCAUUUAUGAAAUAUGUAUAAAAGAGAAAUGUAAUUCAAUUAUCAAUAAAAUCCUUAUCCAGUUUUUGGA